CGAACGAGGCAGGGCGAGCCGAGGGGUGACCGGCGCGGGGUGCAAAACAGUGCAAAUGGUCUGCAAAGGUGUGCAUGCGACGUCGUCGUCUGGUCGUCAGUCGUCAUCUCGGUCUCCAUUGAUCUCCAUGCUGUUGAUGCUAUAGCUGCUAUAGCACGUCGGUCGGUGGUUCACGUACACGCGUAUGUACAUACAUACAUACAUAAGCGCAUAAGGGAGGUUAGCUAGGUGGCCGAGACAGCGUUAGGGCGCAGUGGGGCGUAGAGGCGACCGUGUGUGAAGGGGGCAAGCUCUGCGUCGCGGAUAACCUCUCGCGCGCCUGCCGGAGUAAGCCCGGAGCGCCGGAGCGCUCGUCAUCGCCAUGGCCCCGGGCGCGUGGUCCUUCCGUGGGAACCUCAACCGGUUCCUCGUCGACGUGCCGAUCCUGCAGUGUCUGAUCGUGCUGGUGAGCCUGUUCAAUCUCUCCCUGUGCCUCUACGAGGACCAAGUCGGCAAAUUCGAUUGGAGGCAGAACUACGUCGGGAAAAUCAAAUUCGCCAGCUUCGACACGGUGUCCACGGCGAAGAAGAUUAUCGUCGCCACCGAGGAGAACGUUAUUGCCGCGCUUAAUCUGAAGUCGGGCCAAAUAUUAUGGAGGCGAGUGUUGGAGAAAGGUUAUGGCGGGCAUAUCAGAACCUUGGGAGGUGUCGCGGACGGAGAUCUGAUAUCCGUGAGCGGAGGUGUUCCUGCCAUCGUUCGCGCCUGGGAUUUGGCGACCGGGCAUAUACUUAACGAAUGGCCGAUAGCCGAGCCAAACGCCGACAGACAUGCAUCUCCGUUUAUAUCGUUUACAACAUUGGGCUUGUAUUCUGCUGACAGGAUAAAAGAUGUAAAGUGGCACAUCAAAGAUGGAACGCUGCAUCAUAUAUUACCCAUUUAUAAUAGCGGAGUGGAGGUAACGUCUUAUGACAGCAAGACCGGUGAAAAGUUGAAAACCCGAAGAGUUUCUGCGCCGUUCAUAAGUCGAGAGACAGAGUGUGUUCUAGCAGCUCCGUACUUGGCGUGUUUGAAGGGAGACAGUUCUUUGGCUGUGGUAUUCUUAGUACAUCUAUUCGAUACGAAUGCACAGUCACAAUCAGUAACGAUAAAUACGAUAUUCGGGGCUGGCGCCCAAGGGCCAUACAAACUGGAGUCUGUACUCGGGGAAGGACCUGUAAUUUCUAUUAAUGCCGAUAAUGACCAAAGAAAGCGAAUUUUAGUUAUCGGAGAGUUCUCUCCAACUCCCAUACAGAGAGAUAUCGACGGUGACGCAACCCUUUAUGUUGUUUCCAUUGAUAAUGAGAAAAUACUUUUGGAAACAACAUAUAAAAAUGGAAAAAUAGAAAUAACGGCUACAAAUCUGUUAUCGUCCGCACUUAUACCUGAUUUAUCAGUUACUUUGACUCACGCUUCUAUACAAUCACCAACCAUAAUGGCAUCCGUUUGCCCGCGGCAAACGAAAGGGAUAACGUGCCGUCACUUGUUGUCCUCGCAAGAUCACAGCAUUGCGCUAUUGCAACAUAAUAAACUGGUAUGGGCAAGGGAAGAAGCACUCGCCAGUAUUGUGGCCGUUGAAAUUAUGGAAUUGCCUAUGUCCGACAGGGAUCAAGCUAUCGAAACGGAAUUCGAUCAGAAAGAGAGUAUUGAUGUAGACAGUUCAUGGGACGUUCUAAGUAUGUUUCUUCGAAGGAUUACUUCACAGAUUAACCAAGCCAGAGCAUUCUUUCAAACAAUACUGGAUUUAGUACCUCAGCAGUCCAAUCAGCGUAUUGAUCUGGUGCAAGAUAAAUUUGGUUUGCACAAAAUGAUCGUAGCCGUUACAUCCGCCGGGAAGUUGUAUGGUAUUGAAACCAGAAAAGGUGAAAUUAUCUGGCAACUCAGGCUACCUAAUAUCCGCGGUUUCACAAAACUGUCUGACACGAUGAUCUUGUACGUGCAGAGGGGCAGCAGGCAUUUCCCUCAUCCACCUCAAUGUGCAUUAUUAGCAGAAGACAAGGAAACCGGACAGGGUGUUAUAUAUACCUUUAAUCCGAUUACCGGACAGUCGUUGGACGGACUGGUGAAACUUGGCUACAAAAUAAAACAGUCUAUGUUAUUGCAUGUAGCGACCGAUGACUUCUUACGUGGUAUCCUCAUUCUUGACGCACGGGAUAAAGUCCACGUUUAUCCCGAGAGCGCUACCGCGGUUGCAGCUUCACUCGGGAAAAAUACGUAUCUUUUUACUGCUGAUCAAACGACAGGAAUAUUAUCCGGCUUCUCUCUUUCGUACAGCACAACUCAGGAAUUAAUCGCUCACAAAGUGUGGGAGCUGUUGCUGUCGCCGAGAAACCAAAAAAUAACUCAAGUUGUAGCGAAGAAUCCGAUAGAACGUGUGCACUCUCAAGGGAGAGUCUUGAGUGAUAGAUCAGUAUUGUAUAAGUACAUCAAUCCUAAUUUAGUGGCCAUAGUGACAGAAGGCAUCGGACAUGCCCAUAAAAAUACGCUUAAUUUAUAUCUACUAGAUGUAGUAUCUGGGGCUAUGAUUUUCUCUAUCACACACAAGAGAGUACGUAGUCCAAUCCAUAUUGUGCACUCGGAAAAUUGGUUGGUAUACAGCUAUUUUAAUGAGAAGGGACGUAGAACAGAAAUCGCUACGUUGGAACUCUACGAAGGAAAGAUACAGAGUAACACCACAGUGUUCUCUUCUUUAGCAACGACGAAAUUGCCAAUUGUAGAAAGACAAGCUUUCAUUUUUCCGGCAUCUAUAGAACAUAUGCAGGAAACUAUCACAGAAAAGGGUAUCACAAGUAAACAUAUAAUAGUCGCUUUGGCCAAUGGUGGAAUAUUAGAAUUACCGUGGAUGAUGGUGGAUCCACGACGACCUAUUAAUCCUGAAAUGCGAGAAGAAGGAGUUAUACCAUACAUGCCAGAGAUUCCAGUCCAUAUGGAUGCUAUUAUUAAUUAUAAUCAAAGCGUUUCUAGGGUUAUGGGUAUUUAUACUAGUCCUAGUGGCCUUGAAAGUACUUGUUUAGUUUUUGUACAUGGUCUUGACCUGUUUUACACAAGAGUGGCACCAUCUAAAACAUUCGACGUCCUAAAAGAGGACUUCGAUUAUUAUCUUAUUGUGAUAGUACUCGCAGCGCUGUUGAUCUCAUCGUACGUCACCAAAAAAUUAGCAUCCCAAAAAGCUCAAAAGCAAGCGUGGAAAUGAUGCCUUGUUUUUCUAGAAUUGUGUAAUAUUUAUGAAUCUGUUCACUAUAGGCAAGAAUUUUUCCUAAAAAUAACUUGUAAGAUAUACUGUUUUAUAAAUAGUUAAUUUUAAAACACAAGGUAAAUGCUAAUACUUUAUUACCUUGUCUAAAAAAAAUCUUUCGAUCUUGAAUCCUAAAUAAAAAUUUAUUCAUUUUGUUAAUCUGGUACAGAACGCACAUAUGUAAUAAUGAGUCGAAUCUUUCAAAGUGUGAUGAUCAACGCACGACGAGAGUGGACCAUGAUCAUUGAUCGUUAAACUAUAUUAAAGUAACUAAUAUCAUGCUCAAGUAUAAUUGUUUCUCCAUUGUAUAGCAAUUUCUGUAAAAGAUAGGCGAUUUUUUUCGAUAUCUGUAUAUUUUCAAUAUAAAUCAAAGCCAUAAUCGAUAAUAUAUAGAGACAAUUAUAAAUGAAAUUAUGUUCGUAAUACAUUUUAAACAGUGAAAAUAUUAAUACAUAUGAUACUGAACCAUGCUAAAUAGAUGGUGAAUGGAAGUA